CCUUCUCAAAAGUCAUUCAUCACCAAGGUUAAGCUCGGCAAGGCCAAAAAGCAGAACCGCCCUUUGCCUCACUGGUUCCGUCUUAAGACAGACACCAAGAUUCGUUGGAAUGCCAAGAGACGUAACUGGCGUCAUACCAAAUUGAACAUUUAA